AUGGUGUGCGAAAACCAAACAACCCUGAUGCAUUUUGUCCUCUUGGCGUUCCCGUACCCACCCGUAUUGCAUGUCCUGUUGUUAUUCUUUUUCGUGUGCAUCUACCUGUUGACUCUUCUUAGUAACUUGCUGGUCUUCUUGGCCACGAUCCACGAACCUCAGCUACAUAAGCCAAUGUACUGGUUCCUUUGCCACUUAGCCAUUGUGGAUAUUGCCACCUCCACCAUUGUGGUACCCAAGAUGAUCGCUUCCUUUCUGGACGGCAACAAAGGCAUCUCAUUUGCAGGCUGUGUAACUCAGCUCUUCUCCUACCAUUUCGUGGGCUGCACAGAAUGCUUCCUUUACACCGUGAUGGCCUACGACCGCUUCUUGGCCAUCUGCUGGCCGCUUCACUACAGUAUCCUCAUGAACCGCAAAAUCUGCCUUUGGCUUUGUAUGGGCACCUGGUUUGGUGGGUGCUUGCAUUCAAUCAUAGAGACAACCCUGACUUUUCAGUUGCCUUAUGGACCACGGAACGAGGUGAGCUACAUCUUUUGUGACAUCCCAGCCAUGCUGAAGCUGGCGUGCGUGGACACCUCCUUCAAUCAGAUGUUCACCUUGAUUGACAUUGGUCUGGUGGCCAUGAGUUGUCUUCUGCUUAUUCUGGUGUCCUAUGUCUACAUCGUCUUUGCUAUCCUGAGGAUUCGCAAUACUGACGGCCAACGGCAUGCCUUCUCCACCUGCACGGCUCAUGUAAUCUUGGUGAUAACCUUUUAUACGCCUCUCGGUUUCACAUUCCUGAGGCCAGGAGCAGAAGUUCACCUCGGAGGGGCGGUUGCUAUAUUCUAUACCGCGGUGACUCCUUUCCUGAAUCCGGUUAUAUAUACGCUCCGAAACAAGGAGAUGAAAAAUGCCAUCUUGAAAUUAAAAGGCAGGAAAUCUUAA